UAUUUGCUUUUUUUCUGUGUGUAGUGAGUGCGACACCCUCUUCACACUUCAGUGUUCAUUUCAAUGGCGUGAGCGUGAAGGGUGACAGAACCGUACCAUCCUAUACUGAAAAUCAAACCAAAACAAAAAAACCCCUUAUUGUGUCUCAUUCUCUCUUUCCUUUCACAAUAUCCCAUUAUCAAAUCGAAUCAAGUACUUUACGAGAUUCAAAGAACACCAAAAAAAAAAAAAAAUGCUAUCAUAUUCCAAACGAGUCGCUAUAUAAAGAGAAGCACUUGUAGUAGCUUGUUAUUUUGUGCCUUUAUAACAAACUUUUUAGCGUCUUUGAAUCCAAUCCUGAUGUGGGUUUUGGGAUUUUGAGUCCUGGGUUGUCUUUGUUUUCCUUAAUUUUUACAUUUUGUUAUUGUUGUUUUUUUUUUUUGGGUUGCUAUGUUUAAAAUAGGUGAGAAAGAUAGGAGGGUUAGAGAGAACAUGAAGAGGAAUGGAGAGGUUGAAAUGUUAUUGAAUGAGAUCCCUAAUCUCAAUGUUUCUUCUUCUCCUCGUCAGCCUGUGAAUGGUUCAACUAUGAGCAGAGUUUCUCUGCAAUCAGAGCUGUCGUCUCUUUCGAGCUCUUUCUCUAAUGGGUUUUGUUCCUCUGAGGAUGGUUCGCCAUAUCAUCAAACACCCAGUACCCAUUACUUGAACCACCACCACCACCACCUCAAUGGGAAUGCGAGGCUGGUUGAGGAUGAUAUGGGUGGUUUGUCUGAGACUUUUCAUAGAAUGCAUAUUGGUGAGGAACAGAGGGAUAGGUUUCAUGGGGUUGGGUUUGGUGAUUGUUCUUUUGGUGGUGGUGGUGGGAGUGGUAAACGUGGUGAGUAUGAAGGUUUUAGUAAUAGUUUUGAAGGUUUUGAGGCCUCCCAUAAUGGAGUUCCUGUGAAUUUUAACGAUGACAUGAGAUUGAAAUUGCUUGCUUUGCGGGGUGGUUAUAGAGAGAGUGAUUCAAUGGGGUCUUAUCUUUCUUAUAAUCAGUCUAAUGGGUUGUGUUCUGGCUCCAGUUGCAACAAGAACCGUAUGAAUUAUUUAAUGCAGAACAGAAAUGAACAUGGAAGUGGGUGCUACUAUAAUAGAGGGGUUCAACUACAGAACCCAGGUACAAUUAGGCCUUACCUUAAUGAUGCUUCUAUUAGUGUUAGCUUACCGCGGCGUGAAAUGGAUUCUAAUGGAUUCAGUGAGGGCAUGGAACCAUGGAGUUCCUCUCAGUUGAUGCACCACCCUAAGCUUGCUUCGAAUGUGAACAAUUCCCUUAAUGGAAGGACUAGAGCAAUUCCAAACAGCAUGGUUCCUCAUUCUAUUAUGUCUAUGAAAGGUGCAAGUGGCAUUGAGGCAUUUACUUGUGAGGAUAAUUUCAUCCUACAAGGGAACAGUUUGAGUUAUGCCAUCAACAAGAAAUCCAACACUUCAAGGGGUCAUAAGAAGAAUUCACACAUUGAGAUUGCGGCGCAAAGCCAACGAGGGAGAAGCUCUGAACUGGAUAGUUACUCUAGUAUUGGAAGAAUUUGUGAAAAUGGUUUGAAUCUGAGCAGUGAUUAUCCAUUGCCUUUGACACCAACUUUUAGUUCUUUGGCUGAGGUUCAGGGUUCUAUAUACUUCAUGGCAAAGGAUCAAUAUGGUUGUCGCUUCUUACAGAAGGUGUUUGAUGAGGGAACAUUUCAAGACGUGGGAAUUAUAUUUGAGGAAAUUAUUGGUCACAUUGUUGAACUUAUGAUGGACCCAUUUGGCAAUUACCUUGUGCAGAAGUUGUUGGAUGUGUGCAAUGAAGAGCAGAGAAUGCAGAUUGUGCUCAUGGUGACCAAUGAACCAGGAAAACUUGUCAGAAUUUCUCUACACACACAUGGCACGCGUGUGGUUCAGAAGUUGGUUGAGACUAUCAAAACUACAAAUCAGAUUUCACUAGUUAAGUCAGCACUUGAACCUGGUUUUCUUGAUCUUAUUAAGGAUCUGAAUGGAAAUCAUGUGAUUCAGCGUUGCUUGCAAUGCCUUAGCUAUGAAGACAACAAGUUUAUUUUUGUUGCUGCUGCAAGGUUCUGUGUGGAUAUUGCAACUCAUAGACAUGGAUGUUGUGUAUUGCAACGGUGCAUUGCAUGUUCAAUUGGGGAAUAUCGAGAUAAGUUGGUUUCUGAAAUUUCUAGAAAUGGGAUUCUUCUUGCUCAAGAUCCUUUUGGAAAUUAUGUUAUUCAGUAUAUUAUAGAGCUAAAGAUCCCAUCUGUGAGUGUCAAAUUGAUUUCUCAGUUUAAAGGGAACUAUGUACCGCUCUCAAUGCAGAAAUUUAGCAGUCAUGUGGUUGAAAAAUGUCUUAAGCAUUUUGAAGAGACCAGGCCUAGAAUCAUCCGCGAAUUGCUCUCAGUGUCUCACUUUGAACAGCUGUUGCAAGACCCUUAUGCCAACUAUGUCAUUCAAUCAGCUCUAGCAGUUACAAAGGGUCCUCUUCAUGCUUCACUGGUGGAAGCAGUGAGAGCUCACAUGAUCUUACGCACCAGCCCGUAUUGCAAGAGGAUUUUCACCCGGAAACUCUUGAAGAAAUGAUGUGUAUUAGCCUAUCGUAAAACUGUACGCGUUAUAUCAAGAUACCAAGAUGUCCACUAAUAAGAACUACUCUUGUCUUAGGCACAUAUAAAAUAGCAUCUAUCCUCCAGAAUCUUUUGCUAAUCUCCAGGUGAGAAGUCUGCAAUGUAAACUUUUUGUGGAUGACCUCCAGGAAUCUGAGAGUGUAAAAAUCAGGUUUUUUCUUGUAGUUGCUCAUGAUGCAGACGUGUCAUGUAUCAUUUUGUUGUCUUGUUGUUAAUCUAAAUUUAGAAAGUUAUGAUGUAUGAUAUUUGAUAUUUCACACGGCCAGAAGAACAGUCUUAGUCGUCUAAUUAAAUCUGAUGCCUAGAUAUCAUCUUGACUA